AUGAACUAUAUUCAUCUCACUCAGACCCUUGUUGAAAGUUUCAACGCAUUGGCCGAUGAGGUGCAAAGCUUGACGGACCGGAAAACGGUUCUGGAACAUAAACUUCGCUUCGCCCACGAGCAGUUCCAGUACCUCGCCGACAAGCAUGCACCCGCCGCGCCGGAAAUCUCGGAGACACUGGCCAAGCUUCAAAUACCGUCCGAACUAACCCUACCAUCGGUCAAAGCCGCCAACACUGUACCCCUACCCAAGCGUGGGGUCACGGAUGCAAGCCAUCAGAUCGCCUUGCUGAUUCGAGACGGCCGACGCGUUGCCCACCAGCUCGCCUCCGUUGCUGAGCCAAGCAAGACCAGCCUCUCGAGCAGAGAGACGUUUUCUCGCCUGUCCCAUCCCGUUAGUUCCAUGUCGACUGCUGCUCUAGAGCAAGACUUCACUGUAGAAGGGAAGAAGGGCUCGCUGGCUUGUCCGUUCUCCGCCCCGGACAAGCAAGAUGCGGACGGUGCCGACGAGGAUGAGGGAGCUGCGGCUAGGGAUCUUCCCGACCUCACCCCUCACCAAUCAACCGACCCCAUCUGUGCCGCCAUGUUUGAAGAGGCAACCUCCCAGCCUGCCAACUCAGCUGUGAAUAAGUGCCCGAUUCGGUUUCUAGACAAGCACUCACCAGAAGAGAUUGCCCACUACGUCAAGACUUACAAACAUGAGCUUCCUCGAAGCCAUGCUAUCUGUGUUGAAAGGUACCAGAGAAACGAGGAUCAAGUGAGGAAGUUGGAUGCCAAGUAUGGCAACAUGGUCAGCAUGAUAGAAGGCCUGGGCCAACUGCACAAACCGAUGCUUCCCGUCUCGGAGGAGCGUGAUGGUGACGAAGUGGAUGUGGAUGCAUCAAACCAACGCGUGGAGAACUGGGCGCAAGAAGUCAGCGCGAAUACGGCAGAGUAUCCGGCCACACCUGAAUUCCCUUCAGGCAAUGUCGAGAGCGAGACGCAACAUGGAGGUGAUGACUUGCCGGACGACCACGAGAGAGAGCCAUUUUGA